AUGCAAGGAAUUAUCGUCUGCUCAGCUCUGCUGAGUGCGCUCACCGGAGUCUCCGCCGCGCCUCUUCAAGAAGCCAACACAUCCUCCAAUGAUACCGCAGUCGCUUCUGGUCAGGUCGCAUUCAAGUUCCCGCUAGCAAACGGCUUCCCCAAUAUCAAGGUACCUAGUCCUGAGCUGCGCACCGUUGGGGAAGCUGCUGUUGGCAUAUUGCCUAAUACACCUCUGGCCAAACACCUCGCACCAGCAGAUGUCACCAGUUUCCAGCUGAUUGCAUUUGCCGAGCUGUUCCAAGUUGCUUACUACAUAUCUUUGUACAACAACAUCACUCAUAGUGUUCCUGGAUAUGCUGUUCCUGGUCCGAUCGAGCCAUCCCUUCUUUCCGUCUUGGAGAAGACCAUCACUCAAGAAGAGCUUCACGCUCUCAGCGCAAACGCUGUUCUCAAUGCUGCCAUUCAUGACUCCGUUCAGCCUUGUCAAUACGUUUUCCCAUUCGACAACUUCUUUGCUGCCAUCAACUUCGCCACUAUCUUCAGCGACGUCGUCAUUGGUACCUACCAGAACUUCCAGACUACUCUUGCUCUUAAUGGAGACAGUGGUUAUAUUGCUCUGAUGGCGUCAAUCGCAGGUCCAACCGCCGAGCGCAAUGCAAACCCCGCGGAACUACCCUUCCUGUCCAUCUCCAGCGGCCCGUGGGCCUACGCUGCUUUGACCCAUCACGUCAUCGUCAAGGAUUCAUGCCCAAAUGCCGACGCCAUCAAGGUUCCCAGCUCCAAUUCAUCUCCUAAUGUGUCGUUGACCACCACCGAGCUCGCGUUCGCCUUUGUCAACAACGGCAAAAAACCCACUGACCUCCGCUUGGUGUACACGAAUGCUCAGAACGUUCCCAUCGUCAGGAAACUUGAGAACGUCAAGACGAUUGGUAACUUUGUCUCUUUCACCGUACCCUUCUCGUACAGCGAUACCAUCAUGAGCGGAAUGACCAUGUGCUGGGUCACUUCGAAGAAUGGCGACUUUUCGUCCGCCAAUGGAGUCACUGCUGCUAGCUUGUUCGGUACUGCUAUCUUGAAUAUCAACUAG